AUGGCUCUGUCCCUGCCCGGCGAGUCGGUCCCCGCAGACGGCGGAGACGCGCUCGGGAUAAGCCCCGCCGGGCUCGCCUCCUACUACCCCUCUUUCCUCCCUCCCGCCCCUUACUUCGAGACAGCCCCCGACUUCUUCCAGCCCCUGAAACCCCUGGGCGGGCUGGUUUCCCCCGAGCCGCCUCUGCCUCCCUUCACCUUCAGCAGGGUCCCCGCUUUUCUGAGCCAGCCGCCCGCCCUGCUCACCGACCCUUUCCCCAGCCUUCCUUUGCCCUCGCUGUCGCCGUACCCGAGCCCCCCGCGCAGGGCUGCCCGCAGCCCGGGGGCAGACAGGGCGGCGGGGCACAGCUGCAGGUACCACUUCACCGAGGAGGAGCUCAACGCCGUGCUCUACGGGACACUGCGGAGCAGCCAGUCCGCCGGGAACCUCCACGCCAUCUCGGGGCUCCGGGUGUCCCCCGACAGCUCAGGCGCUGCGGACUCGGCCGCCCCGCUGCCGGACCGGGACUCGCUGCAGCUGCCCGCAGGGCUCUCGGUGCUCCGGGUGGCCUACGGGGACGUGUCCCAGCUCGGAGUCUUCUGUACGGACCCCAUCCCGAAAGGAGUCCGCUUCGGCCCCUUCCAAGGCAAAGUGGUCAACACGAGCGAGAUCAAGACUUACGACGACAACUCGCUGAUGUGGGAGAUCUUUGAAUACGGUGGCCUGAGCCACUUUAUAGACGGGAAGGGCGCCGCUGGCAACUGGAUGUCCCUGGUGAACUGUGCCAGGUUCCCCGAGGAGCAGAAUUUGACUGCUAUCCAGUGCCAGGGACAAAUCUUCUACGAGACCUGCAAGGAAAUCUUCCCGAAGCAGGAGCUGCUGGUGUGGUACGGCGAUUGCUACGUGCAAUUUCUGGGCAUCCCCAUCAGCUUGAAGGGCAUGGCAGAGGGCAAGAAACCCCCGCAGCACCCCGAAGAAGCCGGGGAAAGCUUCAAGUGUGAGCGCUGCGGCAAAGUUUUUGCCUACAAGUACUACCGGGACAAACACCUCAAGUACACCCGCUGCGUGGACCAGGGGGACCGCAAAUUUCCCUGUCACCUUUGUGACCGAUCCUUUGAGAAAAGAGACAGGCUGAGGAUCCAUAUUCUCCACGUUCACGAAAAGCACAGACCUCACAAGUGCUCUGUGUGUGGGAAGAGCUUUUCUCAAUCCUCCAGCCUGAACAAACACAUGAGGGUUCACUCUGGGGAGCGCCCCUACAAAUGUGUCUACUGCAACAAGGCGUUCACGGCAUCCAGCAUCCUGCGCACUCACAUCCGGCAGCACUCGGGGGAGAAGCCCUUCAAGUGCAAGCACUGCGGCAAAGCCUUCGCCUCGCACGCGGCCCACGACAGCCACGUGCGGCGCACGCACGGCCAGGACAAGGGCGGCACCUGCCCCCAGUGCGGCCAGCACUUCCCCGAGCAGGACGAUUACAACUUCCACAUGAAGAUCCACGCUGCUCACUAG